CCUGCCCGUUCAGCCUCCCAAGGAAGAGAGGCUUUGGGGGAGAGGAACGACACUUGUCUUCGUUGGAUAAACGUUCCAAAAUGGCAGAAGAGGAUCCUUAUAUGUUGGGAGUGUCUGAUCCGAUGUUUCCUAUGGAGCACUUCAAUAUUGGAAUAAGUGCCAUACUUAAUAAUUCAGGAUUUUCAUCAGAGUUACCACUUACAACAGCAGAUGGCCCGUACCUUCAAAUAAUAGAGCAACCUAAACAGAGAGGAUUUCGUUUCCGUUAUGUUUGUGAAGGACCAUCCCAUGGCGGUCUUCCAGGUGCUUCUAGUGAGAAGAACAAAAAAUCAUACCCUCAAGUCAAAAUCUGCAACUACGUGGGGCCCGCUAAAGUCAUCGUCCAGUUGGUCACGCAUGGGAAGAACGUCCACCUACAUGCCCACAGUUUGGUGGGUAAACACUGUGAGGAUGGGAUUUGCACAGUUACCGCAGGACCCAAGGACAUGGUUGUAGGGUUUGCCAACCUGGGUAUACUUCAUGUGACAAAGAAGAAGGUCUAUGAAACACUGGAAACACGCAUGACAGAUGCCUGCAUCAGGGGAUAUAAUCCUGGUCUCUUAGUCCACCCGGAGCUCAACUAUUUACCGGCAGAAGGUGGAGGAGAAAGGCAAUUAACUGAGCGAGAAAAAGAAAUUAUCCGCCAAGCUGCCCUCCAGCAGACCAAAGAAAUGGAUCUCAGCGUGGUACGGCUCAUGUUCACCGCCUUUCUUCCGGACAGCACGGGCAGCUUCACAAGAAGGUUGGAGCCAGUGGUUUCAGAUGCAAUCUUUGACAGCAAAGCCCCCAAUGCUUCCAAUUUGAAGAUUGUCAGAAUGGACAGGACAGCUGGAUGUGUAACUGGCGGGGAAGAGAUCUACCUUCUUUGUGACAAGGUUCAGAAAGACGACAUCCAAAUUCGCUUUUAUGAAGAGGAGGAAAAUGGUGGCAUUUGGGAAGGAUUUGGAGACUUUUCUCCCACAGAUGUUCACAGACAGUUCGCCAUUGUCUUCAAAACACCAAAGUACAAAGAUGUUAAUAUUACCAAACCAGCUUCAGUGUUUGUCCAGCUCCGGCGCAAAUCUGAUCUGGAAACCAGUGAACCAAAACCUUUUCUGUACUACCCGGAAAUCAAAGAUAAAGAGGAAGUGCAAAGGAAGCGGCAGAAGCUAAUGCCUAAUUUUUCCGAUAGUUUUGGUGGUGGAAGUGGUGCCGGAGCUGGAGGCGGCGGAAUGUAUGGAGGUGGCGGAGGAGGAGGGAGUGGAGGUGCGGGUCCUGGAUAUGGAUUCUCUCCGUACGGCUUUCCGUCAUAUGGUGGGAUUCCAUUCCACCCUGGCGCCACCAAGUCCAGUGCCGGGAUGAAGCAUGGUAUGGAUGUUGUUUCGCACACGGGAACGUUAGAUGCCUCGGCUAAGCAAGACCACGAAGGCCGUGAAGAGCGAGCCAAAAAAGAUGCGGUGACUCUUGCUGGGAAAACGAGAGAAACCACAAAGCAAGACGAUAAACCCAGGGGCAGUGAAGAAGAUGAGGUGACUUUGACGUGCACAGUAGGGAUAGAGGAAGAGGAUUGUAGGUUACAAGGUGAUUUGUUUUGGGAGAAGGCCAUGAAACUGGCCAAGCAUCACGCUAAUGCUCUCUUUGACUACGCCGUGACGGGAGAUGUGAAGAUGCUGUUGGCCGUCCAGCGCCAUCUCACAGCCGUCCAAGAUGACAACGGGGACAAUGUUUUGCACUUAGCAAUCAUUCACCUUCAUGAUGAACUGGUGAGGAACCUCUUAGAAGUGAUAGCUGGUUUGAUUUCUGAUGACAUCGUGAACAUGAGGAACGACCUCUACCAGACCCCAUUACACUUGGCAGUGAUCACUAAGCAGGCAGGGGUGGUGGAGGACCUGCUGUGGGCUGGAGCGGACGUGAGCCUCCUGGACCGCCUUGGCAACUCAGCCUUACACUUAGCUUCCAAGGAAGGAGACGACCAAAUUCUGAGUAUUCUGCUUAAGCACGAGAAAAUACCACCACUCAUCAACCAGUUCAACGGGGAAGGUUUGAAUGCCAUUCACCUGGCCAUGAUGACCAACAGCAUGACGUGCCUCAGACUGAUGAUCGCUGCUGGAGCCGACGUCAAUGCUCAGGAGCAAAAAUCGGGGCGCACGGCCCUCCAUCUGGCCGUAGAGCAAGAGAACGUCUCUCUGGCCGGCUGCCUGCUGCUGGAGGGCGAUGCCUACGUGGACAGCACAACCUACGAUGGGACCACGCCACUUCACAUAGCAGCUGGGAGAGGUUCCACCAAGCUGAGCGCUCUCCUCAAAGCAGCAGGCGCAGACCCUCUUGUGGAGAACUUCGAGCCUCUCUUUGACCUGGAGGAACAGGGGGAAGAGGAUGGAGAAGACGAAGGGAUAGUGCCGGGUACCACCCCGCUGGACAUGGCGGCCAACUGGCAGGUCUACGACAUACUGAACGGCAAGCCGUAUGAAAGCAAGCUGACUGCCGAUGAUUUACUGGUCCCAGGAGACAUGAAACAGCUAACGGAAGAUGUAAAACUGCAGCUUUACACGUUAUUAGAAAUACCCGAUCCAGACAAAAAUUGGUCGACCCUAGCCCAGAAACUGGGCCUGGGGAUACUUAAUAAUGCCUUCCGACUGAGUCCUGCUCCCGCCAAAACGCUACUGGACAACUACGAGGUCUCCGGGGGCACGAUAAAGGAGCUGGUGGAUGCUCUCCGAGAAAUGGGCUACACGGAAGCAGUCGCCGUCAUCCAGAAGGCCUUCUCGGCUGCCAGCGAUCCAUCCGCCGGCCCGGAUCGGGAGCCGGCCACGCCUCCACCCGCCUCCACCGCCGAGAGAGAGCAGAUCGGGGCCCUGUGCAGCCUGACGGUCCAGGAGGACAGCGUCUGUGACAGCGGGGUGGAGACCUCCUUCCGCAAGCUCAGCUUCACGUGCUCCGAACCCCUGCACGGCGGCGGGGGCGGCUCGGCGCUCCCGCUCGGCAAAGGGCCCCGCGACUUCGGCCAGGAGCGCGGAGUCGAAGGCAACGUUUAAGCGGACACGGUGAGGGCCGAGCGGGCCGGGGGCGGGGGGGCCCGCCGACGGCCUCCGGCCGGGUCCGCCGCCCUUCCGGACGCCGAGGCUCGGCCCGUUGCGGUUCCCGUCCCGGCUCCGCCCGCGUCCCCGAG